UUUUUUUAUUUGUCUUUCUCCAAAGUCUUGUUUUAAAAUUUUAAUGUUCCAUGAUUCAUCACUCCUUGAUGCAAUGUUGUUAUCAAUGGGGGUAUGGAAGUUGGUGAGCAAAACUCCAGCUGCCUACCAUUGACUUCCCCCACAGAUCAUGGCAUCCUCGUUGCCACACAUGCAUUUUUCUUUUUAAUCCCUUUUCAUUUUUGGACACACCCACAAAAUAUUCCAUUACAAAAAUCACACAGAUAUUGCUGCUUUGUCUCUUACAGCUUUGAUCUGUUGAAGAACAUGAGGUGUUUUCACUUCUCCGAUGGUUAUAAAACCGAUGAGCCACGGACCACCAAGUCCGGGUCAGGCGUCUCAUCAACGUCCACAUCCACAGAUCUUGAUGUGAGGAAGCUAGGGUCGGAGAACGUAUCAGACAUAAGCAACGCGUCAUCAUCUGCUAAGAUCUCGUUCGCUAGUCUGUCCCAAAAGCAUAGCAACCUUAGGGUGUUCACGUUCGCAGAGCUGAAGACUGCAACGAAGAGCUUCAGCCGCGCUCUCAUGCUUGGAGAGGGCGGGUUUGGGCCCGUGUAUAGAGGCGUCUUGAGGGAGAAGGCGGAUUCAAAUAAACGCGUUGACAUUGCUGUUAAACAGCUCAGCAGCAGAGGAUUACAGGGGCACAAGGAGUGGGUGACGGAAGUGAAUGUGCUUGGCAUUGUUGAUCACCCGAAUCUUGUGAAGCUAAUAGGCUACUGUGCUGAAGAUGACGAGAGAGGGAUCCAGCGCCUUCUGGUGUACGAAUACAUGCCAAAUCGUAGCGUGCAAGAUCAUAUAUCAAGUCGGUUUCAUGCACCUCUGCCGUGGGCAACUAGGCUAAAAGUGGCACAGGAUGCUGCAAAAGGACUAGCAUAUCUUCAUGAGGGCAUGGAAAUUCAGAUUAUCUUCAGAGAUUUCAAGUCUUCAAACAUUCUCUUGGAUGAGCAAUGGAAUGCUAAGCUCUCGGAUUUCGGCUUGGCCAAAUUAGGCCCUGCUGAUGGAUUAAGUCAUGUCUCUACUGCUGUUGUGGGGACAGUGGGAUAUGCUGCGCCGGAGUACAUCCAGACGGGGCGCCUCACGGCCAAGAGCGACGUCUGGAGCUACGGGAUAUUCCUGUACGAGCUCAUUACCGGGAGGCGCCCCUUUGACAGGAAUAAGCCGAAGGACGAGCAGAAGCUCUUGGACUGGGUGAGGCCGCACCUCUCGGACAUGAAGAAGUUCGAACAGAUCCUAGACCCUCGUCUCAACGGGAAGUAUGACGCCAAGUCGGCUCAGAGGCUCGCGGCCAUUGCCAACCGGUGUCUGAUCAGGCACCCCAAAAACCGGCCUAGAAUGAGCGACGUCGUAGAGAUGGUUAACCAUGUUGUCAAAGGGAUGAGCAGCCAGACCCCGGACGCCUCAGUCGAGUGCGCCAUUCUGGCGCCGGACGAGGAGGGAUCGUUGCAAGAGCGUUGGAAGAGGAGGAUUCUUGAGCACAUCAAGGGAGAUCACAAGUGCUUGGGUUGGAAAUCAAGGAGGAGAGGAGUAGCAAGUGAAGAUAUUUGAAGUUUUUUUUUUGAGUUUGUGUGAAAAGGAUCAUAAAGCAGGGGACAUUUCUUAGUUUAAAAAUUUUCAUUUGAAUUAAGUUUUGGCUUUCAAACUGUAAAUAAUAAAUGUGAUAUAUGCUUGUACAAAUCUUUCAUUACUAAUCUACGUUUUGACUCGGA